UUUUUGUUGGAACUUGUAUUGCUGCAGGCUUCCAUUCCAUGAACAGUAGCUUCAUUUGGUGUUUCUUAGUAUUUCAAUGUGCUAAUUUUUCACAACUUAUUUGCUUUUAAAAGUGUUAAUAACAAAAUACAGUAAAGAAAUAAAGUAGGCAUGUCAAUGAAUAAAACUCCUAUACGUUUGAGUAAUGUCGUCACAGGACAAAUAUCAACAGAUAUUCUUUAUCAACAGAGUAGUGAAAAAGUAGGUUGUAAAGAAAAUGUUUGUAAAGGAUCUUUUAUGAGAACGGCUAGCACGUCAAAAGUUAGAACUAAAGAGGAAAUAGCCGAACACGCUAAACAGUUUCUCGAGGUUUAUUUUUCCAGUACCAAAAGGUGUAAUAGUGAAGUUCAUCAGAAAAGAUUGAAAGAAGUGUUAGAAGAAAUAUCUCAAACUGGAACAUAUGAAUUGAAAGAGACCGAGUUAAUAUAUGGUGCUAAAUUAGCUUGGAGAAAUGCCCCGAGAUGUAUCGGAAGGAUUCAAUGGUCAAAAUUACAAUUAUUUGAUGCUCGUUAUGCAAUGUCUGCAGAAGAUAUGUUCGCAGCAGUUUGCAAUCAUCUUAAAUAUUCCACUAACAAGGGGAACAUUAGAUCAACAAUCACAGUGUUUCCUCCAAGAAAAGAAGGAAAAGCAGAUUUCCGCAUAUGGAAUAAUCAGAUUUUGUCAUACGCAGGUUAUGUUCAAUCGGAUGGAAGUGUUAUUGGUGAUCCGGCUAACAUCGAAAUUACAAAGAUUUGUGAAGAUUUGGGCUGGAAAGGAGAAGGUGGGAAAUGGGAUGUUCUGCCUCUUUUAGUUUCAGCUAAUGGUGAAGAUCCUGUUUAUUUUAAAAUACCCGAAGAAUUAAUAUUAAGAGUGCCCAUUACACAUCCUAAUUACGAAGGAAUUAACGAACUUAAUCUACAAUGGUUUGCUGUCCCUAUUGUUUCAAAUAUUUCUUUGGAUGUUGGCGGAAUAGAGUUUCCCGCCUGUCCAUUUAAUGGCUGGUUUAUGGAGUCUGAAAUUGCAAGAGAUCUGGUCGAUGAACAUCGUUAUAAUAUCCUUGAGGACGUUGCGUUAAAAAUGGGACUGAAGACCAUUUCUCCGUCCACUUUAUGGAAAGACCGUGCUUUUGUGGAAUUGAAUUUUGCAAUUCUACAUAGUUUUCAGAAAGCAAACGUAACUAUAGUCGAUCAUCAUUAUGCCUCAGAGUCAUUCAUGAAACAUUUAGCUAAAGAGCAGACUUUGAGAGGCGGUUGUCCCGCUGAUUGGGUCUGGAUAGUACCUCCUCUCAGUGGAAGUAUUACACCUGUCUUCCAUCAAGAAAUGCUCAAUUAUAAGUUGAGACCAAGUUAUGAAUAUCAAGAACCAGCUUGGAAGUCUCACGUUUGGGAGAAAGACAGUUCUGGAGACAAAUCUCAAAUGCCACGCAAAAAAACUUUAUUCAAAACUAUUACUAGCGCCGUAAAAUUUACUUCGGAUUUGUACGGUAAAGCAUUGUCUCGUCGUAUAAAAGCCACGAUUUUAUAUGCAACAGAAACGGGAAAAUCUGAACAAUAUGCAAAGUCUUUAACCAAUAUUUUCAUGCAUGCUUUUAAUGCAAAAAUGAUGUGCAUGUCGGAUUAUGACUUAACCGAGUUAGAACACGAGACUCUUCUUCUUAUUAUCGCUAGUACUUUCGGAAAUGGAGACCCUCCCGAAAAUGGAGAAGAAUUUUUGAAAUAUCUUCAGUCUCUUCAAACAACUGAUAAUUUAGAUGGAGAUCUUGAGAAUGGUAAAUCAUCAAAUGUUACCGAUUUUGAAGUUGGACUUUUAAGCAAUAUCAGAUUUGCUGUAUUUGGUUUGGGAUCGAGCGCAUAUCCGAAAUUUUCUCAAUUCGGGAAAACAGUGGACAAUUUAUUAGAAAAACUUGGUGGAGAGAGAAUUUUAAAACUCACGACUGGUGACGAACUUUGUGGUCAAGAAUAUUAUUUCAGAAAUUGGGCGAAAGAAGUCUUUCAAUCGUCGUUACUGUUGAAUUUUAAUGAAGGUAUUUUUAUUUUAAUUCUCUCUAAAUUACUCUUAAUUUCGUCUAAAGUUUUUAUUAUUUUUCAGAAAGCAAACGUAACUAUAGUCGAUCAUCAUUAUGCCUCAGAGUCAUUCAUGAAACAUUUAGCUAAAGAGCAGACUUUGAGAGGCGGUUGUCCCGCUGAUUGGGUCUGGAUAGUACCUCCUCUCAGUGGAAGUAUUACACCUGUCUUCCAUCAAGAAAUGCUCAAUUAUAAGUUGAGACCAAGUUAUGAAUAUCAAGAACCAGCUUGGAAGUCUCACGUUUGGGAGAAAGACAGUUCUGGAGACAAAUCUCAAAUGCCACGCAAAAAAACUUUAUUCAAAACUAUUACUAGCGCCGUAAAAUUUACUUCGGAUUUGUACGGUAAAGCAUUGUCUCGUCGUAUAAAAGCUACGAUUUUAUAUGCAACAGAAACGGGAAAAUCUGAACAAUAUGCAAAGUCUUUAACCAAUAUUUUCAUGCAUGCUUUUAAUGCAAAAAUGAUGUGCAUGUCGGAUUAUGACUUAACCGAGUUAGAACACGAGACUCUUCUUCUUAUUAUCGCUAGUACUUUCGGAAAUGGAGACCCUCCCGAAAAUGGAGAAGAAUUUUUGAAAUAUCUUCAGUCUCUUCAAACAACUGAUAAUUUAGAUGGAGAUCUUGAGAAUGGUAAAUCAUCAAAUGUUACCGAUUUUGAAGUUGGACUUUUAAGCAAUAUCAGAUUUGCUGUAUUUGGUUUGGGAUCGAGCGCAUAUCCGAAAUUUUCUCAAUUCGGGAAAACAGUGGACAAUUUAUUAGAAAAACUUGGUGGAGAGAGAAUUUUAAAACUCACGACUGGUGACGAACUUUGUGGUCAAGAAUAUUAUUUCAGAAAUUGGGCGAAAGAAGUCUUUCAAGAAGCGUGCGAAGUAUUUUGUAUUGGUGAUGACGUUGAUAUGAAAAAUGCUACACAAUCAUUAAAAUCAAGUAAUACCUGGUCGCCUGAAAAAAUUCGCUUGCAGUCUAUUAAACAAUCUAAAAUUGAUAUAAUGAAAGCUAUUUCAAAGGGAACAAAUAGGAAACUUUCUACUUGUUCCAUAAAGGAUGUGACAUUCCUCACUCCAGAUUUAGAUGAGCGGCAAACUAUAUUGGUGAAAAUAAAUAACGAUCAGUCUGAAUUAUCGUUCUAUCCCGGAGAUCAUAUUGGUAUUUAUCCAGUCAAUAGAAAAGAAUUAGUAGAAGGAAUUUUAGACAAGAUGAAAACAACUUGUCCGGAUCCACAAAUUGUUUAUCAAGUUGAAAAUUUAGAAGUUGUUCAAAGUUUGUUAGGAGUAAAAGAAAAAUGGGUUAAAAAUGAAAAAUUUGAACCGUGUUCGAUUUAUAUGGCAUUAAGUAGAUUACUAGAUAUAACAACGCCUCCAUCUCAACACUCACUUGGUCUUUUCGCUACGUUAGCUACAAGUGAAGAAGAUAAAUCAAAAUUAGAAAGUUUAUCUAAAAACACCGAGCAAUAUGAAGAUUGGAAAGCUUAUUAUUAUCCAAAUAUUUUAGAUGUUUUAGAAUUGUUUCCUUCGAUUGUUCUUACACCCGCUUUUGUUCUUACUCAAUUCUUGCCACUACAACCUCGAUUCUACAGCAUCAGUUCGUCAGAAGAUUUCACUCCACGAGAGAUACACGCAACAGUUGCAGUUGUAAAAUUCAAAACUCAGAAAGGAAAUGGUCCAUUACAUUACGGCGUAUGCUCAAAUUAUUUGGCAACUGCUGAUAAAAGCACAAAAUUACAGGAAGCGUGCGAAGUAUUUUGUAUUGGUGAUGACGUUGAUAUGAAAAAUGCUACACAAUCAUUAAAAUCAAGUAAUACCUGGUCGCCUGAAAAAAUUCGCUUGCAGUCUAUUAAACAAUCUAAAAUUGAUAUAAUGAAAGCUAUUUCAAAGGGAACAAAUAGGAAACUUUCUACUUGUUCCAUAAAGGAUGUGACAUUCCUCACUCCAGAUUUAGAUGAGCGGCAAACUAUAUUGGUGAAAAUAAAUAACGAUCAGUCUGAAUUAUCGUUCUAUCCCGGAGAUCAUAUUGGUAUUUAUCCAGUCAAUAGAAAAGAAUUAGUAGAAGGAAUUUUAGACAAGAUGAAAACAACUUGUCCGGAUCCACAAAUUGUUUAUCAAGUUGAAAAUUUAGAAGUUGUUCAAAGUUUGUUAGGAGUAAAAGAAAAAUGGGUUAAAAAUGAAAAAUUUGAACCGUGUUCGAUUUAUAUGGCAUUAAGUAGAUUACUAGAUAUAACAACGCCUCCAUCUCAACACUCACUUGGUCUUUUCGCUACGUUAGCUACAAGUGAAGAAGAUAAAUCAAAAUUAGAAAGUUUAUCUAAAAACACCGAGCAAUAUGAAGAUUGGAAAGCUUAUUAUUAUCCAAAUAUUUUAGAUGUUUUAGAAUUGUUUCCUUCGAUUGUUCUUACACCCGCUUUUGUUCUUACUCAAUUCUUGCCACUACAACCUCGAUUCUACAGCAUCAGUUCGUCAGAAGAUUUCACUCCACGAGAGAUACACGCAACAGUUGCAGUUGUAAAAUUCAAAACUCAGAGAUCGUCGUUACUGUUGAAUUUUAAUGAAGGUAUUUUUAUUUUAAUUCUCUCUAAAUUACUCUUAAUUUCGUCUAAAGUUUUUAUUAUUUUUCAGAAAGCAAACGUAACUAUAGUCGAUCAUCAUUAUGCCUCAGAGUCAUUCAUGAAACAUUUAGCUAAAGAGCAGACUUUGAGAGGCGGUUGUCCCGCUGAUUGGGUCUGGAUAGUACCUCCUCUCAGUGGAAGUAUUACACCUGUCUUCCAUCAAGAAAUGCUCAAUUAUAAGUUGAGACCAAGUUAUGAAUAUCAAGAACCAGCUUGGAAGUCUCACGUUUGGGAGAAAGACAGUUCUGGAGACAAAUCUCAAAUGCCACGCAAAAAAACUUUAUUCAAAACUAUUACUAGCGCCGUAAAAUUUACUUCGGAUUUGUACGGUAAAGCAUUGUCUCGUCGUAUAAAAGCUACGAUUUUAUAUGCAACAGAAACGGGAAAAUCUGAACAAUAUGCAAAGUCUUUAACCAAUAUUUUCAUGCAUGCUUUUAAUGCAAAAAUGAUGUGCAUGUCGGAUUAUGACUUAACCGAGUUAGAACACGAGACUCUUCUUCUUAUUAUCGCUAGUACUUUCGGAAAUGGAGACCCUCCCGAAAAUGGAGAAGAAUUUUUGAAAUAUCUUCAGUCUCUUCAAACAACUGAUAAUUUAGAUGGAGAUCUUGAGAAUGGUAAAUCAUCAAAUGUUACCGAUUUUGAAGUUGGACUUUUAAGCAAUAUCAGAUUUGCUGUAUUUGGUUUGGGAUCGAGCGCAUAUCCGAAAUUUUCUCAAUUCGGGAAAACAGUGGACAAUUUAUUAGAAAAACUUGGUGGAGAGAGAAUUUUAAAACUCACGACUGGUGACGAACUUUGUGGUCAAGAAUAUUAUUUCAGAAAUUGGGCGAAAGAAGUCUUUCAAGAAGCGUGCGAAGUAUUUUGUAUUGGUGAUGACGUUGAUAUGAAAAAUGCUACACAAUCAUUAAAAUCAAGUAAUACCUGGUCGCCUGAAAAAAUUCGCUUGCAGUCUAUUAAACAAUCUAAAAUUGAUAUAAUGAAAGCUAUUUCAAAGGGAACAAAUAGGAAACUUUCUACUUGUUCCAUAAAGGAUGUGACAUUCCUCACUCCAGAUUUAGAUGAGCGGCAAACUAUAUUGGUGAAAAUAAAUAACGAUCAGUCUGAAUUAUCGUUCUAUCCCGGAGAUCAUAUUGGUAUUUAUCCAGUCAAUAGAAAAGAAUUAGUAGAAGGAAUUUUAGACAAGAUGAAAACAACUUGUCCGGAUCCACAAAUUGUUUAUCAAGUUGAAAAUUUAGAAGUUGUUCAAAGUUUGUUAGGAGUAAAAGAAAAAUGGGUUAAAAAUGAAAAAUUUGAACCGUGUUCGAUUUAUAUGGCAUUAAGUAGAUUACUAGAUAUAACAACGCCUCCAUCUCAACACUCACUUGGUCUUUUCGCUACGUUAGCUACAAGUGAAGAAGAUAAAUCAAAAUUAGAAAGUUUAUCUAAAAACACCGAGCAAUAUGAAGAUUGGAAAGCUUAUUAUUAUCCAAAUAUUUUAGAUGUUUUAGAAUUGUUUCCUUCGAUUGUUCUUACACCCGCUUUUGUUCUUACUCAAUUCUUGCCACUACAACCUCGAUUCUACAGCAUCAGUUCGUCAGAAGAUUUCACUCCACGAGAGAUACACGCAACAGUUGCAGUUGUAAAAUUCAAAACUCAGAAAGGAAAUGGUCCAUUACAUUACGGCGUAUGCUCAAAUUAUUUGGCAACUGCUGAUAAAAGCACAAAAGUAAUUUGCUUCAUAAGAAGUGCUCCGAAUUUCCAUAUUCCGGCUGAUAAGACCGUUCCAAUUAUUAUGGUUGGUCCCGGAACAGGAAUUGCUCCUUUCAGAAGUUUCUGGCAACAAAGAAACAGUGAAAAAGAACGGGCUCCAGCCAAUGAAACAUUUGGAAAUAUGAUAUUAUUCGCCGGAUAUCGUCAUCCUGAUGUGGAGUUAUAUUCGAAUGAAAUAAAAUUGAUGAAAGAGAUUGGAGUAUUAAAAGAUGUAUUUACAGCUUAUUCUCGUUUACCCAAACAACCAAAAUGUUAUGUACAAGAUAUAAUUCAGCAAAUGUCGGCAACAAUUUAUGAAUUAGUCAUUAGGGGAAAAUGCCAUUUCUAUGUUUGUGGAGAUAUAAUUAUGGCUCGUGAUGUUAGAGAAACAUUGAUAACGAUUAUUGGUCAACAUGAAAGCUUACCACAGAAGGAAGCGGAGAUGUUAAUGAUUAAAAUGCAGAAGGAAAAUCGAUACCACGAAGAUAUUUUUGGAGUAACGUUAAAAACAGAAGAAAUUACGAAAAAGGGCAGAGAAGAAGCUAGAUUAAAUCUAGUAAUUUAAUUAAAUGAAAACACAGGCCUAUUUAUUCUUGCCGCUCAUUAUAAUGAAAUUAAUCAUGUUAACGUUUUCUCGCUUUUAUAUACAAAUAUUAUAAAAUUUAGUAUAAAUUUCCAUUAGG